AAAAAGACGUGUAGGAAUUCACCACCAUAGCUCCCUUGCUUUCCAGUUUCCCCCCAAUAUUUUAACAGAAAUAACCCACUCCUCUUUCUAGUUCACGUCGCCUCUGAUCCCCAUUUCUCCCACAACCACAAAAUGCUGCCCUACGCCUCCCUACAAGACGCCGAAACCGCCAUCGGCCGAUCACUUACCGCCGCCGAAACCUUUUGGUUCAAUUACUCAGCCACCAAAUCGGAUUACUUCCUCUACUGCCACAACAUUCUCUUCCUCUUCCUCGUCUUCACUAUCGUCCCUCUCUUCUACGUUUUCAUCGAACUCCUCUUCUCUAAAAACGUUAUCGCUUACAAAAUUCAACCCAAAGUCAAGUUCUCUUUCGCCGAUAAUCUCAAUUGCUACUUCGAUGUAAUGCGCAUGUUCCUCCUCGUCGUUGGACCUCUCCAACUCGUCUCCUAUCCUUCGAUUAAAAUGAUUGGUAUCCGGACAAGCUUACCCCUGCCAUCACUAAUGGAGAUCAUCUCUCAAUUGUUUGUUUAUUUUCUUGUUGAAGACUUCACAAAUUAUUGGAUCCAUAGAUUUUUACAUUGCAAAUGGGGAUAUGAAAAAAUUCAUAAAGUUCACCAUGAAUACACAUCACCUAUAGGAUAUGCAGCUCCAUAUGCACAUUGGGCUGAGGUUUUGAUCCUUGGGAUUCCAUCUUUUCUGGGACCCGCCAUGGUUCCUGGCCAUAUGAUUACAUUCUGGCUGUGGAUUGCUUUGAGACAGAUUGAAGCCAUCGAGACUCACAGUGGAUAUGAUUUCCCCUGGACAUUCACAAAAUUUAUCCCUUUCUAUGGUGGAGCUGAUUAUCAUGAUUAUCACCAUUAUGUUGGUGGACAAAGUCAAAGCAAUUUUGCAUCUGUCUUCACUUACUGUGAUUACAUUUAUGGAACAGACAAGGGCUAUCGUUACCAGAAGAAAGUCUUGGAACAGUUAAGAGAUGGAAAAGGAAAUGAUGGAUCGAAUGCUUCAGGACAAGAUAUAAAAUCUGAGUAGCCAUGGAUAUGGAAAUCUCUUGUUGGUAUUGAUUUUCAGAAUCCUUGGUAGUUUUUUAUGAAAAAGUUUGGACAUUUUCUGUUUAGGUUACUAGACUUAAACUUGUGUUAGUUUUUGAAUAUUUAUAUCAAUAGUUUCAUUUCACCUCAUAUGUGCAUCUUGUUCCAUUUGUACCUCUUUUUAUAUUAAAACGCCAUUUUGCUUUA